GUCCGGGGGCGGGGUGUCUCGGAGGCGGGGCCGGGGCCCCUGUGUUUGUUGCACCGUGUCAGUUACAUUGUAACAAAAGUGGUGCAGCCGCUCUUCGGGCCAGCACCUUAGGCCCGCCCGCCACCAGCUGUCUCCGACAUGGAACCUGUGGCCAGCAAUAUCCAGGUCCUGCUGCAGGCGGCCGAGUUCCUAGAGCGCCGCGAGAGAGAAGCUGAGCAUGGCUACGCGUCCCUGUGCCCGCACCGCAGUCCGGGCCCAGUCAACAAGAGGAGGAAGCGAUCCCCCCAAGCUUCUGGCACGCUGGACAGUGGGCGGUCUGUGCACAACGAGCUGGAGAAGCGCAGGAGGGCCCAGUUGAAGAGGUGCCUGGAAGAGCUAAAACAGCAGAUGCCCCUCGGGGCUGACUGUGCCCGGUACACCACAUUGAGCCUUCUGCGCUGGGCCAGGAUGCAUAUCCAGAAGCUUGAGGAGCAGGAGCAGCAGGCGCGGCGGCUCAAGGAGAAGCUGCGCAGUAAGCAGCAGAGCCUGCAGCAGCAGCUGGAGCAGCUCCGGGGGCUGGCGGGGCCAGGUGAGAGGGAGCGGCCACGGGCAGACAGCCUGGACUCUUCAGGCCUCUCGUCGGAGCGUUCGGACUCAGACCAAGAGGAGGCAGAGGUGGACGUGGAGAGCCUGGUGUUCGGGGGCGAGGCUGAGCUGCUGCGGGUCUUCGGCGCAGGCCAGGAGCACAGCUACUCACACAGCAGAACCACCUGGCUAUGACCUUCACCACCCCAAAGUGGGCCUCUACCCUCAGACUACUCUCCGCUCUGCCGGCAGGAGUCCUCCCCAAAGCCUCAGGGGCUGCUCGGAGUCACCUCCUGUUGCAAUGGACUAAAAGGACCCUUGUGUGGGAAUAGGUGCCUGCCCCCAACCUUGCCGCCGGCUGUGCCUCCUGGGGGAGGGGUGCCUGGGUUUCCCCUGAGCCCCACAGGGCAGGCAGCUUAGGCCUGGGCCACUCUUCCAGGCCUUUUUUUUGUAGCACUUGGCUCUGCUGUCCCCAAGGGGGCAGGAAGCCUCUUGGGCCUUCACAUUCCUUCCUAGACAAGGCUCUCUGGCCUUUGUCCCAGAUACUGUACAGUAUUUUCAUUAAAAACCUCUUUACUAA